AUGGGUCUCUCCAAGAGCUUACUUCUCGCCGUCACAGCAUCUGCCUACUUUAUGCAAACGGCUCUCGCUAAAGACGAUGAAGAAUGCUCCUAUGUUCUGGAAGAUAUCCGCAAGGGCGAACUCGUUUUCAACUCGACAAACACGGCCGCAUUCAACCCUUCUCCAGGCGUCCCGUGGCUCUUCACACUAGGCCUCUCAGACUGGCGCGAUGAGGGAGCCACGUGGGGAGACUUUGACUCAUCUCAGCACAUUGAAACGUUUCUCAGCAUCCCCAAUGAUAUUCUCAACGGCACGCGAGCCAACCACACAAGAAUCUGCGUUUACUAUAUGGACGGCCAAAAUGCGACUGCAAACGACGGCAAUAAGAGUGGUCACUCUUGCAAUGGUGUAUUGAGCGACGAGUGUCAAAAGGCUUUGCGGAGUAUCAAAGGGCCGGCUGAUGAUGGCACAUGCCCUGACCCGCCAGAGAGUGUCAAAGAAGCCUGCAACCAGUAUGCAUAUUCUUACUAUGGAACACCAGAAACCUACAACAACCCCAACUGUACAACACCUUCUAUCCCGGGCGUCAACCUCCCCGGCGGUUACAAGACAUUUCCAGUAAUGGGAAAUGCUCUGUUUCCCGCCGACAGCCCCAUCGACUCAUACAAGAUAUACGAUCUACGCGUCCGACAGCCAAUCCCAUUUCUCUUUACUAUGGAAUUCCAAGACGAGGGUCUAAGAACUGCUACCGAGCUCCUUUGCGUAGCUCCCAGUCAGCUCAUGAAGGGCAGCCGUAAGCCUGAGGGCGACUUUCCACCUAAUGCUGCGAGCGGUCUGGAUAUCAAGGGUGCUGUUGUGUUGGCCGUGGGUGUUUGGUCCGUGAUGGGAUUGAUGCUUGCAUGA